AUGAGUUCAACAAAAUCAAUGAUUAUAAAAGCAAAACCAUGUAUGAACGGCAUUAAAUGCUUCAAAAUAGAUUGUCCAUUUGAUCAUCCAGAUGGAUGGAAUCCUUGUAGUGACGGAGUAAAAUGUGACAAUUAUGAAUGCAUUGCUAACCAUCCAUUCCAGCGAAAAAAGAAAUGUAAUGAUGGUGGUCAUUGCAAAAGUAGUAACUGUAAAUUCUUACAUCCGAAUACACGUACCGAAGAAUGUUCUUUGCGUGCAAAGUGUCGAAAAUGGAAUUGCUCAAAACUGCAUCCACGUUCUCGAGCUCGACCUUGCACUGAUAGAGAAAAAUGUACGAAUCUGGCAUGUUUAUGUUUACAUCCACCAGAACGUGCGAAAAUGCUUUGUUCCAUCGGAGCUGAUUGUCGCGAUAGUUUAUGCAAACUCAACCAUCCACCCGAAAGAUCAUCCUUGUGCGAUCAGCCAGAUGAUUGUUCAAAUUUUUAUUGUACCCGUCUGCAUGGACCAGAUUGGAAUCCGUGUGAAACAGGAGAUGAAUGUCAAGACGAAAAGUGUUCUAAAAUUCAUUCACCUGAACGCAAUGCCAAGCUUCAACAAAAAGCAGCAACGUCUACUACCGCCAAUAAUAAGAACAAGAAUAAUAAAUCAAAGCGCUUGAAAACUCUUGAACAAAGAAUGAAAGAUUGGGAAAAAGCUCAAUUACCUAUUCUUUCUUAUCGAUCUGAGUUUUGUCAACGUCUUGAACGUGAACGUAUUUUGAUUGUAACUGCUGAAACGGGAAGUGGCAAGAGUACUCAACUACCUCAAUAUGCUGCUGAAUAUUUUGGUUCACUUGUCGUUUGUACUCAGCCACGUGUUGUUGCUGCUCGUUCGUUAGCUAAUCGUGUUGCAGAAGAAUUCGAUGGACAAUCAGUUGGUGAAUCGGUUGGAUAUCAAGUAGGCAAUGCUAAUCGAGUAGCCGGAACUCAUAUUAUGUUCAUGACAGAUGCUGCACUUAUUCGUGAAAGUCAACGAGACCCUAAUUUGAAGCAUAUACAUGUCUUGGUGAUCGACGAAGCGCAUGAACGCUCUUUGAAUACAGAUAUUGUUAUUGGUAUAUCGAAACUUUUACUACGACAACGUCCCGAUGACUUUUAUGUCGUGAUUGCUUCAGCUACAAUCGAUCCUACUCGUUUUCUUCAGUUUUUCGAUCUACCACAAAGUGAACCUCUCGUAGUAAAAGGACGAGUUUUUCCUGUUACAUGUACUGAAAAGCCAAAACCAGAUAACUGUGCGGAUCAAAAACUGAUUGAAUUGCAUAUUGUUCCUUCUGUCAUUGAACUAUAUCCUAAACAUGAAGGACAUACACUCGUUUUUCUUCCUGGUCAAGGUGAAAUUGAACGAGCUUUGAGAAUAUUUAAAUCUAAACUCCCUGAUGAUUGUACUGCUCUUUCACUUUAUGGUUCACAAUCACCGGAAGAUCAAGAAAAGGUCAUUAAAUUUAAUCAAAAAGACAAGCGCAUGGUUGUCUUCUGUACCAAUGUCGCUGAAACAUCAUUAACCAUACCAAAUGUUCGAUUAGUCAUUGAUUCUGGUUGGGCGAAAGAAGCUCGUUAUGAUGUUAAACGUCGUCUUACUGUUAUCGAAACUGUGCGUAUCUCACGUUCAUCAGCUGAUCAACGAAAAGGUCGAGCUGGGCGCACUGCACCUGGUCACUGUGAACGUUUGUACAAAGAUGCUGAAUUACAGCGACAAAAUAUUGAGCCCGAAAUUUUAAGAUCAUCCCUUGAUCUCGUUCUACUUCAACUCAUUCGACUUGGUCUUGAUCCAAAAACAUUUCCAUUUAUGGAUCAACCGGAGAGCAAUGUUAUCAACCAAUCCGUCGAUGUUUUGACUAGACUUAAAUGUAUCGAUGAUCAAAAGAUUACGAAGAGAGGAGAAUUAUUCACCGAGCUUGCACUUGAUCCACGUCUCAGUUCUUUUAUUGUUGAAAUUUAUUUAGAAUACGAGAGUCUUUUGGAACUUGCCGUUAGUAUUGUUGCCAUACUUUCAGCACCAGGCACUAUUUUCUUCAUGGGUGGAUCGACACGGGAAGCUAAGCAAGAAGCAAAAGAACGUGUUGCUCUUCAAGCACAUGAUUAUAAAAGUGAUCUUCUUCAUCUCUAUUCAGUUUACAAUGCAUGGAAAAGUGCCGGUGCAAAAGCUGCUCAAGGCAAAUGUUCAGAAUGCAAAAGACAAAUAAAAUAUUGCACUUGCCGGGUGAAACAUAGCAAUGAAAACGGUUUGAAUAAUAAAAUUCUACAAAAUAUUGAUAGCUCAUGUGUAACAAUCAUGAAGCAGAUUAAAAAGGCUGGCUGGCUACGACCUGGCAGUGAAAUGCCAAUAAAUUCGACAGAUAUCAUCGGUAAACAAUUGGCUCAGUUCUUUCCAGAACAAUGUGGCUACUUACUUGUUCCACAAUUGCCAGCCGAGGGUGUACGUCUAAUAUCGACUGAUAUUCGUGCAAAUAUAACUAACUCCAGUGUAUUCAUGCAAAAGCUUCAUACCGACACAAAUCGCGAACUUUAUCAACACUUUGUUGCUAUGAGUAUUACUCAAUUGACAUCAGGAAAUUAUAUUAUCGAAAAACUCCAUCCAAUACCUAGAACAAUAGCAGCAGCUCAAUCACUAAUACGAAAUUUAAUGACCAUUGAAAAUAUCGGCUCUGAAGUGAAUUAUUAUAUGCGUCAAAAAUUAAAUGCUUACCAAUCAGAAUCAUGGGCAAAAUGGCUGGUCUAUCAAUAUGAUCGAGUUUGCUGUCGUUUUAUUCUUUGGGGUUUUGAAGUCGAUAAAUCAAUAAUCGUACCGAUUGUUCAACGUAUUCAAAACGAAACAUUGAAAAAACUUUCGGAAACUGAUGAACUAUUGGAAUGCGGACCAAUUAAGGCCAAUUUUCAGAGUGGUCUCAUCUGUACACACGUGAAUAAAAUGACUAAUGCAUUAAAGCUUGAUCUACAAAAUGUACCAAAACAAACAGUCGAUGAAUUAAGAAAUUGGCUGAAAAAGAUACUUGAUAUAGAAUGGGAUGAAAUUAAAGAGCACAAAUUUUAUACUCCAAAAGUCGAGAAAGAUCAGAAAAAAAGUAACAGUCAAUCUCAAUAUCUAUACCUUGUUUUCAAAAAGGAAGAGGCAUUUCGACGAGCUGUAAACAAGGUUCCGCCUUACUACAUGAAUGAUCAAGGAAAUGGUUUUGGAAUUCGUGGAGACAAUGAAAAAGAAAGUUGGGGUCGAGAACUUAUUAUUCAAACUCCAACCAAUGUGAGUGUUGAAGAUAUUAUCAACCGAUAUGGUGCUGAUGUAAUAACGAAAUGUUUACAGUUGAAUAAAGAAGAUGAAAAAGCACGUGUUGAAUCGACACUCAAAUUAAGUAACUUACCAUUGACAAGUGAUGAAAAUUUUCUUCGGGAAUGUCUUCAAAAUGGUGGAGGAUCUAAUCCAAAACGUGUGUAUGUUGGGCGUCCAGAUAAUAGUGAAAGCGGAUGGGCAAAAGUAACAUUUAAUAAUGAAGAACAACGUAACAAGGCUGCAGUUAUUUAUGAUGUUGCAUUGUGUCAGAACUCUUUUCCAAUAACGAUUCCAGGAAAGAAGGGACCUAGGCAAAAGUUUAUUCAAACAACAGUGUCAAAAGACGACGAUGCUAAUCCUACGCGUAAUCUUCCUAAAAAUCGUUUUCGCAUCAUCGUUACUAGUCGUGAAGUUGCCUUGCACAUAUUUUCUUCACAAACAACAACGACUGAAAAUCUCACAAUGGCAACCACCAUUUCUAAUCCUAUCAAUCCAUCCGAAUGGACAGUUGAUAGUUCAGCCACAGUAACUGUUCUUCGAGCUGACCUAUAUCCUGACUUUCAAAGAAUUGUUGAUAGUAUUUGUAAUAAAUUCGGUGUCAAAAUCACAUGCAAAAGCAUUCCAAACUUCGGCAAACGUUGUAUAUUCAAUCAUGGAACUCCCCAGAAAACAAGUUUAGCUGCUUCGAUGCUAGCUCAAACCUGUGCUCCGAUGAACAUCAAACUCACUACAGAUCGACAAAAACAAUUGUUCAAUGAACUAGAAGAAGUUGGUGUAAUACAAAAAUGGGCAUCUGAGUUAGCAUUAGUCAUUAACAAAAACAAAUAUAAUACAAAUAUUGAAAUUCGAGGACCACAAAUAGCACAAGGUCAAUUAAUGCGACAAAUUGCUGAUUAUUCCGACGAAUUUAAUCAACGUUUUCGUGAAUACCAACUAAGUACGAUAGUAGCUGCAUUUUUUGGUCGACAAAAAGCAGCAUCAAUCAAAUUACAAAAGAUUGCUUCACAAUGGUCAUCGAAAAAAUGCUUAGUAUCUUUUAUUCCGAAAACAUCGACAAUUAUUAACAUGGGUAAACCAAACGUCUCAUUGAAAGAUAUGAAUGAUUGCGAAAAAGAAAUCAUUCAACUUCUAGAUGAGAUAACUGUUAAAACUGAAGAUGAAGAAAGUGAGGAAGAAGAAGAAGACGACGACGAAGAAGAAGAAGAUGUAGAAGAAAUGGAUAUAACAAAUAUUGAAGCAGUGCGACAGCACCGCCGAUGCGUCUUUUGCAAACAAAAAUCAUCAAUGUCUACAAAUAUCUUUCGUAUUUGUGGUCAUAACUAUUGCCGAUGUGCUGCACAAGCUCUCAGUACAUCUUUUAAAUUGCAUCUGGAAUGCAAAGAGUGUAAAUCGAAGAUUCAUAUUCGUGAUAUUCAGAUCAUUUUCUGUAAUGAUGAACAAUUAUUGAUGCAACUACUCAAAAGUUCCAUUCAGAAUUUUUUAAAAAUAAACGCAAAACAAGAUGAUCGUGUAUUUUGUCCCAAUGAUGAGUGUGAUGGUUUAAUUCAAUUUAAUUGUAACUAUCAAGCUUGUUUAACUUGUGGCCGAAAUGUCUGUCCUAAAUGUCAAGUCAUUGAUGACGAACUUCAUGCAGGACGAACUUGUGUUCAACUUGUUGAGGAAAAGAAGCGGCGUCAAGAAUUCUUACCUCAACUUUUUGAAGCAGCUAAAAGAUUCGUCCUAGAGAAUUGGCCAACGGAUCCUCAAAUGCAACCUGUUGGUCGAAUCGACGAAAAUCCAUACUUAGAAAAAGGGUAUAAAUCUUCAAGACGAUUCUAUAAGGGUGUUAAAAUGUUAGGUCAAUCUCUUCCACCCGAUCUGGCAAAAGGGUUUUUUGCUUAUCAUGGUACAGGAUACAAAGCACUUGGGCCCAUCUGUGAAAAUGGCUUCGAUCCUAAACGUCGUUCAGGUCAAGCAUAUGGACGGGGUGAAUAUUUUGGAGUAUCAGCCGCAGUAUCUCAUGGAUAUUCUCAGAAGGAUGGAGCUCAACAAUACUUUAGUCAAAUGAUCAUUGCCUUUCUUCUUCGAGGCCCACAAACCUCAACACAUGGAACUUUUUGUUAUGUUGUUGACAAUCCGACAGAUUGGAAGUAUGCUUUCAAUUUGCCAGUACUUUUAGUUACUUACGGACCAAAUUCUGCUAGACAGACAUUACCUUUUACACAUCCGAUAUCUGAUUGCCCUUCAGAUGAUGAUGAUGAUUCCUCCUACGUUGCCCCUUUCCGAUGGUAUUGGCGUCAAGACAAUGGUCAAUUCGAACCCUAUAAUGAUGCUAUUAAUGAAGUGCUCGAACAAUUUUAUCAACAAUACAAGUUUCAUGGAGGACCAUCAACAGUUGUGACAUCACCACUGACUCGUUAUUUAGAUGAUGUUCCUCAAACGUACAGAAUUGAUUAUCAAAAUAAUAAACAAAUGAAUACGAACACAUCAUAUACGCGAGUGAUCGAUCGUCGGCCAAUAGAAAAGCCACCCGAUAAUCAAAAUUGGUUUUACCAUAACGAACAAAAUAAUUGGAAAUGUUAUGAAUCAUUGGUGCAGAAUUCGAUUGAGAACGCAUUUCGAUUAUAUAGAUCUGGACAAGGACCGUCGACUAUUGAUAUUAAUUUUCCUGGACGUCCUGAAGCUUAUGAGAUUAACUUUUUGAAAGGUGAACAAAAAAACAAAGCAACUAACGUAGUUAGAAAAAUAAAACGCGAAUAA